GCGGUAUCACAGAACGUGGCUCAUUAACCGUGAAAGUAAUUUACCGGCCAGCUGCUCCAGCUAUUAGCAGCACUACCCGCUGCCCCCUCAGUGCUAAUGAGACGGGGAGCUCGUUGUGCCGACACCGGCGUUAGGACCUGUCGGCUGCUCCACGCGUAGCGAGCCCCUGGAGAUGGCUGCACCUGGCGCACAGGUCCCUUGUUACAGUCCCCGUGCCCCCGGCUUCUCCUCAUCCAUCACACCGGUACUGGAAGCCGCUUUCCCAGCUACCCGCCUCACUACAUUACCCUCGGCUUCCCGAACCCCGUUCGUUUCAGGGUCCGCGUUCCAUCCGAAAGCGCGACGCCUCCAAUGGGCAGCGAGGGGCCGGAGGAGGAGGAGCUCUGGCUGUACGGCGGUUCUCCCGCAUGUGAUGAGGAGGAUGGAGCUACUUCAGGCCGGUAUGGGCAGUCAUCUGAUACACAGCAGAACGUCUCUACUGAGAGCCAAGAUGACAAAGCUUUAUCACUGCAGGUCACUCAAAGCUGCAGUGAUGAUGAAGACAGCGACACAGACAGUGAUGAGGAUGAUGUGAAGGUCACUAUUGGUGAUAUUAGGACUGGGGCUCCAUCUUGCAUGGGAUCUGCAGGAACUGUAAAAGCAAACAGAGGCUAUGGAGUAUCUGUUGGUAAAUUACCCCAAAGAGGAAUAGACUUUUCUGCUCCUGGGUGUAUCAAUGGCGUGCCUGUAUUAGAAGUUGAUCUGGAUUCAUUUGAAGAUAAACCUUGGAGGAAACCAGGUGCGGAUAUUUCUGAUUACUUCAAUUAUGGAUUUAAUGAAGCAACAUGGAAAGUUUACUGUGAGAAGCAGAGAAGGCUUCAGAUGGGACUGGAAAAUGGACAUCAGACAAGCAGCCAAGAGAACAGAAUAACUGUGCAGCAAGGGAGGAUAGGCUAUACAGCGAAACGUGGGGAAAACAGUAGUGUAAAUACAGACCCAAAACAUAACAUUUCUGCUUCUGGCCAUGAAAGAACUCCAUCUGAAAUUUCCGAAAACAGUAAAUUUGGUGGGACCAUCGAUGUAAUUGGUGGCAUGGUUUGCAGUAUCACCAGGGUAGAGGGUAGGAGAUGGGACAGUCAUGACUCAGAAGAUAUUUCUAUCCAGAUUCUUGGUGACCAUGGAUACAACACGCAUAACAUUCUUCAACAUCAACAGCCGCCUCCACCACUCUUGCCACCACCAACUAUUGCCCCAAAUCCUUCUCCAUUUUCUGGACUACCUCCUCCUCCUUUUCCCCCUCACUUCUUUCAAAAGCCUCCUCCUACUGCCCAGGUCCCACCUUCUUUGCGUCCACCAGCCUUACUACCCCCGCCACUGGUGUCUACAACAUCUGUCCGCAUUCCUCCUCUUAAUGGGCCCCAAAUUACUUAUACCAGGCCACCUCCACACCACAGCUACAGCUCUAUGGAACCUUGUGUCUACCCACCUGUCUCCACUGCACACACCCCCUGGGUGACCACUGUGAACAAGGGGACCAGCAGCUUUAGUGAAGGGAGCGAAUGGACACCUAGGAGACAGCAAGAACGGGAGACUGAAAGACCCAGGAACCAGACUUUCAAUAACUACAUGAAUGAUGGUGAUCGCUACCUGAACUACCACCGAGAUAGAAGUUACGAGCAUGAGCGAAAAUAUCUGCGAAGUGAUGAACGGAUUCGUGAGCAGAGCUGGGAGAAGGAGGAAAGACCUCGAGCGGAAGACAGUCAACGAGACAGAGAAAACACCAGUAAACACAAAUCAUCACGGCGCAAACAGAACAGCGAGGAACGAGACAGCCAUCGGCGACACAAACGUAAGAAAAGCAAACGGAGUAAAGAAGAGAAGAGCAGCUGUGAAGAUGGCUCCUUGGGAGCGACCAGACAGAACCACAGGGAGUAAUGAGGAAUUCUGUCCAUUAUAAUAUAGAAUUAAAAUAUCCAAGUGGAUUUUAGGUUGUUACUGAACUCUUCG